GAAGUUAGUAGAGAGAGGAGGGGCACAGAGAAUCUAGAAAAUGAGCUACAAAUACCUAUGUCUUUCGCUUCCUCAAAAGCCCAGAAAAUCUUUUUAUUAGGUGUCAAUAUUUUAUUCAUUUAGAUACUUUGUUGUUAUAUAACUAUCACAAGAUAGCCACUUGGGUAAAGAAAUGAUUGAAAGGUGAAAGAAAAAAUAUAAGGGAAUACCAAAGAGACUACAUGUUGACAUUUUUGAAGUCUUUGCUUUUUCCAAAGACUUCAUUUUCUCUGUAGAGAGAGAAACAAAGAGAGAGAGAGAGAUCUUAAGCUUAUCUGGGAUCUCUCUAACAUGUACUAACUUCUUCUGAUUGAUCAGAGUGGACCAGCUGAAGGGGAACUUCAGCUGGACACAGAAUUCUCAUACUUGUUUGUUCAUCUGGGAUUCUGAGACUAAAAUUUUUCAACUAGUCAGAGGAGUUAGCAGAGAUUUUUGAGAAAUGGGAACUAAAAUACAAUGUAAGACGUAUUUGCCAGAUUUUUGCUCCAUGAGUGAUCUAAAUAACAAUGGAACUAACACCCCAUGGCUCCUAAACCAUGAAAAUAAGUCGAGGAAAAGAAGUCAGUGCGCUGAUUCAGUUUUGUCCCCGCAACCAGUUGAUGCAUAUUUUGAAUGUGACAAAGAAAAAAUGAGGCAGACAAUUCUGAAGCAUGAAACAAUUUUCAGGCAUCAGCUCCAAGAACUCCACCGGAUAUAUGGAAGACAAAGAGAUCUAAUGAACAAACAUCAAAGGAAAGAAAUGAUUAACCAUCAAACGAAAACAUUUCAGUCAAGUCCCUCGUUGUCUCAUUUUCCUUCAUUGGAUUCUGUAGCUGGCUACCUAUCAACAAAAAAUGCUUCUAAGAACCAAUCAUCGUUUGAUUUUAUAAAGAACGAUAGUAGGUCCAUUCAUUUCUCCUCCCAAGUCGCAAAAAGUUCAAAGGAGUGUGAAUCUCACCAGCCUGGUAUCACUUUGUUCCAGAGAAAAAUGUCCGACUCUAGAUUAGAAUUUAAUUCUUAUCCUGAUCUUGACAGAGACAAUUCCUCAAAAAGAACUGAUGAACUGGCUGACCUGAAUAAACCUCUACCACUUGAAGAAUCUCCUCCUUUGGUUCCGGAUAUCAAUAUAAGUAGCAGUACUUGCCUCGAGGAUAACAUCUAUGAUGAGGCGAAGUUCUCUGCAAAGUCAAUCAAGGAAAGGAUUGGUGGAAUUUGCCUCAACCAGCCGCCUUGCAGGAAUGGAGAAGAGCAGUUAACUUUUAGAUCAAAUGCUGAGGAAAAACAACCAGAUAAUGGGUCUGCUGGAAGACUUGAAACUGCUGAAAAUUUACCUAAAGCCUUUCAGUCAUCACAAGGUCAUGAACUGUUCAAGCACUCUCUCUUUAAGGAAACCAAGAAUGAACACCAGAGGAGAAGGACAAUUUUUGGCGUUGAAAUUCGUGAAGAUUAUCAAAUACAAUCUGCCAGCUUUUCCAAUUUGAAAACUUCCACCCAUAAAUCUCAACCACUUUCCCAGAGUUAUACUGAACUUCUGCGAGACCUUGAGGCUUAUCGGAAAACGCCUGUAUCUGGGGAUUUUCAGAGGAAGCAGGAAAACUCACAGGAUACAUUGCCUUGGUUAGUCGGGAAAUCACAGGAAAGUGUAGAGCAGACUAAAGGAAGGGAAAACUGUUAUCACUUAAAUCUUAACUCCUUGCAGAAUUAUUCUCAGCAGUUUUUCAGAAGAGAAGACACAUCAUUCAACUCCUCUCAAUCUAUAGACCAGAGAUGGGGAACCUUGUCAUCGAGAUCCACCAAAGAUUCUGAGUGCCAGAAGAUUGAAGUUAGUGACAGCACUAAAAUAAGGACAAUAUUUGGUGUCCCAAUUUUCAGUGCCUCCAAUGAGUCGCAUGCAGCAGAUGAGACUGUUUCUAGGAAGAAGGUGGAAGCUAAGGAUUUUGUUGAAGAAAAAGGACUAAAUGGUCGCAGUUCUGGUUUAAGGUAUCAGAUUGAUUUGAACUUGUCUUUAGAUGAAGAAGAGGCACCAUCAGCAGCUCCUCUUCCUCAGGCUGUGGUGAAGAUUGCAACCCCUGAGAGAGACUUAAAGGCUCCAGCAGUCCUUGAAUCUAAAACAGAAUGUGGGAAUUCUGAACAGACAUUAGAAGAAUCUAAUAAGUCGAAUGAAGAAGCCAUGAGGGUUGCUGCUGAGUCUAUAAUUUCCAUCUCAACUUCUGGUGUAAACGGAGAAACGAAUGAUGUGUUGCAAACUGAACCUAGUGAUUGCCUCAAUUGGUUUGCUGAUUUGGUCUCCUCUCACUGUAGUGGCCAAGAAUGCAUUGCUAGAAAGAUCAUUUCAGGUACAUUGUCCGAGUUUGAUGAGGAAUCCGUUCCCGAUGGCUUUGAUUACUUUGAGUUUAUGACACUCAAGCUGGAAGAUAUGAAAGAAGAAGAGUAUUCCUAUAAAAUGCCGACACUGGAGAGCCAUAAAGACGAAGAAACAGUGGCCACUAGCUUAUCAAAACGGCCUCGAAGAGGUCAAGCAAGAAGGGGCAGGCAACGGAAAGAUUUCCAGAGGGACGUUCUUCCUGGUCUUAUUUCCCUGUCGAGGUAUGAGGUGAACAAGGAUAUUCUGGCAUUUGAAGAGCUGUUUAAAGCUAGUGGGUUGUCUUGGCAGUCUAGCUUGUCGCAUAGGAAAACCGGUAAGAGUGGUAGGGGAAGGAAGCGUUUAGCAAAUGCUGAUCCCUCCCCAACAAUUCCUGCAGAGUGCACACCUCCAGUAAUCCAGCCAUGUUCUAGCGAGCUGGGGCUCGAGGAAAAAAGUCUGACGGGAUGGGGAAAGAGAACAAGGCGCUUGCCUAGGCAGAGAUAUCUAAACAGUAAUCUUGCUCUUCCUCUGAAGCAAUGUUGAUGUGUGAGUUCCACGUUGCAAACAAAAGCCUGAUAUUUGAGUGGAGAAGGAUAAAGGGCGGACCCAUUAUCCAUCAAGUUCUGAACUGUGUGCCAGCUGGCCCUCGGGGAUUUUUCGUGAUCAAAAAAAUGUUGAGGAGGGGGGAGGGGGGUGGAAUGCCGGGGUAGAACAAUUUUAAAAUCAUGGACAAGCUGGUGUGGAAUGAGCACCAAGGUUCUUUCAGCUUCCCUUAAGGUUAUCUCAUGACAAUUAGAGCUUAUUUUGUACAUCCUGUGUAGAACUUAAAUGUCACGUUCACUGCUUCGAGUACACUAUUGUAAGACUAUUAAAUUAAAUAAUGCUACUUUUCCCCCCUUUACGGAGAUCAAUCUAAUUGGAAAUGAAAUAGUUGGUCUAUGUUGGAGAAA